GUUUCCGACCCCAAAACCGGGUUUGACCACGUCUAGAUUGGUGCGUAGAAUCAAAACCUCAGCACUAUAAUGGAAUUUUCUCAAUUAACAAAACCCUAGAUUGUCAUUUUUCAAUACACCAUCUGGCCCCCUAGAACACAGCGCUGUGAAUGCAUAUUGCAGGCUGCCACUACCAAUGGCGGGAGGCAAAAUCAAGAAAGAGAGGGCGCAGAAAGGCGGCGCCGGGGCAUCCAAUCAUCAUUUUCAAGGGGGGAUUGCUUUUCACAAGUCGAAAGGCCAGCAUAUACUGAAAAACCCUCUCUUGGUUGACUCAAUCGUUCAGAAAUCCGGCAUAAAACCUACCGACGUUAUUCUCGAGAUAGGUCCCGGCACGGGUAAUCUCACUAAAAAGCUUCUCGAAGCCGGAAAGUCCGUCAUUGCCGUUGAGCUUGAUCCCCGUAUGGUGCUCGAGCUGCAACGCCGAUUCCAAGGAACCCCUUACUCGGACCGAUUGAAGGUGAUACAAGGAGAUGUCUUGAAAUGCGACCUUCCAUACUUCGACAUAUGUGUGGCCAACAUCCCGUACCAGAUCUCAUCACCGCUGACAUUCAAGCUGCUCGCCCACCGGCCUCUUUUCAGAUGUGCCGUCAUCAUGUUCCAGAGGGAGUUUGCCAUGCGGCUGGUGGCCCAGCCAGGGGACACUCUCUACUGCCGCCUCUCAGUCAACACCCAGCUCCUUGCCCGAGUCAACCACUUGCUGAAAGUUGGGAGGAACAACUUCCGGCCACCACCCAAGGUUGACUCGUCCGUGGUCCGUAUCGAGCCUCGAAAGCCUCUCCCACCCGUCAACUUCAAGGAGUGGGAUGGGCUCGUCCGCAUCUGCUUCAACCGCAAGAACAAAACUUUAGGCUCCAUAUUCAGGCAAAAGAAUGUGCUUUCGUUGCUCGAGAAGAAUUAUAAGAUGCUGCAAGCUUUACAGCUGGCGCCAGAUGGCCGCCGCCCAGAGGAUGAUGAUGCGGAGAUGGCUGCUUGCGUGUCGGCAUUGGGGGACACGCUUGGGGGAUUGAGUGUGGAUGGUAAUGAUGAGGGUGACGAUGAUGACGAGAUGGAGAUGGAUGAUGGGGAUAAUAAUAAUGGUAAUAAUAAUGGUGUGAAGGGUUCGGAUUUUAAGAAUAAGGUUUUGGGGGUGUUGAAAAGUGGAGGGUUUGAGGAGAAGAGGUCAUCGAAGCUGGCGCAAGCGGAUUUCAUGCACCUGCUCUCGUUGUUCAAUAGGGCUGGGAUUCAUUUUUCAUAGUUUUGGGAAGAGUAAUUGUUUUGUUUCAAAUUGGUUGUUGCUCAUAGUUGUUCAAUAGGGCUGGGAUUCAUUUUUCAUAGUUUUGGGAAGAGUAAUUGUUUUGUUUCAAAUUGGUUGUUGC